CUAGUUGUAAACAAUGGGUGUAAAAUUGCACAUCUAUAGACCCAUAGAAGCAGCUUGCUCACAAAUAAGAGGUAAUUCCUUUUGUGCUGAGGUGGAUAAAAACCUCACUGAACAUUGCCUACCACUUCAGUGGCCUCAGGAAAUUUGUGCUGUGUGAACCUCCUCCCUAAGGAAGAAAAAUGCAGCGAAGACUCUCCACUCGGCAGGCAUUGGAAAGUAUCCUGAGCAAAGCAAACCCUUGUGACUCGGAUGGAGACGACAUAGACCUUCAGCCAGAUUCAGACUCUGAGCUGUCUGAGCUGUCUUCAGAUGAAGAGACUGUACCUCAACCCAAAAAAAAACCUCGUUUGUCGACUGACGUGACAGACACAGCAAAAGAUGGCACAGUGUGGCAUGAAGAACAGGUGGGGGAGCGUCUCAAUUUCACCCCUAUCGAAGCUUACACCGGAGAUGGAGAGCCAACAGAUAAGGCCAGGAGUAGUAUCUCAACUCGCCUUCAGAGCUUUCUCUGUUUUAUCAGUCUUGAAAUGCUUCGCAGCAUUCAAGAAUGGACCGUUCAACAUGCACAGCAAACAGAGCAUCAUGAUUGGUCCAUGGGCCUCCCUGAACUAAUGGCAUUUGUUGCAAUUGUCAUCUUGCGGGGGCUUACCAAGGUUCCAGCACUAAGUGACUGCUGGUCGGCAAACCUGGGAAACCCACAGAUCAUUAGAACAAUGUCCCGGAACCGCUUCCAAGUCAUCAUGCGACACCUACGCUUUGAUGACAGGUCCACCCGCAGUGACCGAGCAAAGACUGAUAAGUUUGCUGCAAUUUCCGGUGUGUGGGGAUCAUUUGUCACCAACUGCAUAACAUCCUACAACCCUGGUCGACACGUCAUUGUUGGUGAACAGCUUUUCCCGUCAAAGACUUGCUGCCGUUUCCUGCAAUACGUUGCAACUAAGCCUGACAAGUUUGGAAUCAAGUUUUGGGUGGCUUAUGACUUAAAAUCCAAGUACAUUUGCAAUGUCCUCCCAUAUCUUGGCAAGGACCCCAGUGGGGAGCGGCUGUCUGAAAAUGUUGUGAUGACGUUGAUGGAACCAUUCCUGGACAAAGGCAGAAAUGUUACCACAGACAAUUUCUUCACAACGCUGUCACUUUCGCAACAACUGCUUAGCCGGAAGACCACCAUCCUCGGCUCAGUCAACAAGACUCGCCGGGAAAUUCCACAAUCUGCCAGGCAGCCAGGCCGCGAUGAAUUCACCACUCAGGUGUUUUCAACCACUGGUGCCACGCUGACGGUGUACGCGCCCAAAAGGAAGAAGACCGUCUACAUUCUCAGCAGCAUGCACAGCGUGGUUCAGACCGAGAAUAGCACCAAAAGGAAGCCAAACACUGUCGCCCUUUACAACACCACAAAGUGCGGAGUGGAUGUGAUAGACCAGAUGAUGCAGGAGGACACUGUCCGCAGAGGAACACGGCGCUGGCCGGUCGCUGUGUUCUACAACAUGAUUGACAUGGCAGCACUGAAUGCACAUGUGCUGUAUCAAGCAUGCACCGGCAGGAAGGAGAGACGAGUGGACUUCCUGACGAAGCUUGCAAGAGAGUUGGCUAACUCUCAUGUGGAUGCAAAGAAGGCACAAAAAGAAGAAUUGCUUCGGCAACAACCUCCCACACCCGGCCCUGGAAAAAGAGCCACGUGUCAGGUCAAGCACCAGUGCAAAAACAAUCAUGCCACUGUGCGAUGUGUUGACUGCUACAGAUACACAUGUGGCAAAUGCAGAAGAGAGAUACCAUGGCAGUGCCAGGAUUGUGAGUAAUUGCUGAAAUGUACUCACUGACAUUUUUUGAAUUCUUUGCAAAUAUGUGUAAAAAUGUUUUUUUUUUGUACUAUUUUGAUAAAGUAAAUCUGAAGGAAAAUCCCCAUGUGGGUCUUUCCCUAAGAUGGUAAUAUAAAAACAAGUUUCAUUGAAGAUAUUUAGGAUAGCCCCACCAGUAUCUGCCUUAUUUACAUAGGAAAAGCAGUCGUUCACAGUUGAUUUAGGACAUUGGCCAAAAGCCUUCCAGCCGAUCGUCUGCCCUUUGGGCUUUAUAGGUAGAAAGACCAAAUGCUCCUUGGGACUUUUAGGUUGAAGACCAACUCUGAUCAAAGUUGUGUUCUUGGUGUUUUUAACAUGUUCUUGACACAUUUAUAUACAUAAAGGAAAUAAAGCUUGAAAUGGCA